GAAGGGACGGGUAGGAGCGUGUGUGCAUGUGUGUGAGAGACACUUAUUCUCUUAACUACUGGGAGACAGACACACUUUCCUGGCCCGACUCAAAAGAAGAGGGGGAAAACAGGAGGAAGAUUUUUUUUUUUUUUUUUUUGCAAAUAUCAUUUUAAUUUUCCCCUCAUUCAACAAUCAAGCUGCCCUAAAGCUCCUCUUCCUGGAAAACUCUUCUUCUUCUUCACUGCCUACUGGAAGUUCUAUGCAUUGAUCCAUUUGCCCUCCUCACACACACUUGCAAAGGCUUACCUCAUGGAUUUGUAUCUGAUUGGAUAUUUGAUGUGUGUGUGGUUGUCCAGCUCGCGGGUGCUUGGAGGCUAUCCCAUCUGGUGGUCCCUGGCCCUUGGGCAGCAGUACUCCUCUCUGGGCUCCCAACCCAUCCUGUGCGGCUCCAUCCCCGGCCUGGUGCCCAAGCAGCUGCGCUUCUGCCGCAACUACAUAGAGAUCAUGCCCAGCGUGGCGGAAGGUGUGAAGCUGGGGAUCCAGGAGUGCCAGCACCAGUUCAGGGGCCGGCGAUGGAACUGCACCACCAUCAAGGACAACCUCGCCAUCUUUGGCCCAGUGCUAGAUAAAGCGACCAGAGAGUCAGCGUUUGUGCACGCCAUAGCCUCGGCAGGCGUCGCCUUCGCGGUGACGCGCUCCUGCGCUGAGGGCACGUCCACCAUGUGCGGCUGCGACUCCCAUCACAAGGGACCCCCCGGCGAGGGCUGGAAGUGGGGCGGCUGCAGCGAGGACGCGGAGUUUGGGGUCCUGGUGUCCAGAGAGUUUGCCGACGCCAGAGAGAACCGCCCUGAUGCUCGCUCGGCAAUGAACCGGCACAACAACGAGGCCGGACGCACGACCAUCCUCGACCACAUGCACCUGCGCUGCAAAUGCCACGGCCUGUCGGGAAGCUGCGAGGUGAAGACGUGUUGGUGGGCGCAGCCGGACUUCCGCAUGCUGGGCGACUACCUGAAAGACAAGUACGACAGCGCCUCGGAGAUGGUGGUGGAGAAGCACCGGGAGUCGCGCGGCUGGGUGGAGACGCUGCGGGUCAAGUACGCCUUCUUCAAGCAUCCCACCGAGCGCGACCUGGUCUACUACGAGGGCUCGCCCAACUUCUGCGAGCCCAACACAGAGACGGGCUCGUUCGGGACACGCGACCGGGUCUGCAACGUGUCGUCCCACGGCAUCGAGGGCUGCGACCUGCUGUGCUGCGGCCGCGGCCACAACACCCGGACUGAGAAACGCAAGGAGAAGUGCCACUGCAUCUUCCACUGGUGCUGCUACGUCAGCUGUCAGGAGUGCGUGCGCGUCUAUGACGUGCACACGUGCAAGUGAGAGGAGGCCUCAGGCAAACGGACUGCUGGAC